AUGCCCGUCGCCAUGCCCGCCGCGGCAACCCCCCUCCCAUUCUCGCCCCUCGUUGACGAAUUUGUCAAGCUCGCCGCCGCCCCUUCCAAUGUCGAGGCCAAGGCUCAGGCGGACGCCAUCGCGCUCCAGCUGAAGAAGGCGCCCCGCACCAUUGAUGCCAUUGAGAAGGGCAAGGUCGUUGACGUCGUCCUCAUCUGGGCCGGCUCAAAGUCUGGCUUUGAGCGCGAGUCGGCUCCCGUCCUCGUUGAGCGCAUCAGCCGCUCGCUCGGCGCCGGUAUCGAGGGUGUCUUUGUUCCCAUCAUCCCGGCCCUCCUCGGCCUCUCGAUGGACAAGGGCCAACCCGUCCGCUCGGCCGUCACCUCUGCUCUCAAGGCGCUCAUCAAGGCGUCCCCUCCCGAGGCUACCCGCCCCAUCCUCGAUGUGCUUAUCCGCAGCCUCGACGAGUCCAAGGGAUGGCGCUCCAAGGUCUCGGCUCUCAAGGCCAUCGAGGAGCUUGUCAAGCCCGGCGCUGAGGAGUACAUUGGCGCCGAGCUCGGCCAUGCCAUCCCCGUCGUCGAGAUGGCCAUGCACGACACCAAGGCUGAGGUUUCCGCUGCUGCCAUCAAGUGUGCCACCACCCUCUGUGGCACUCUCCCCAACCCCGAUGUCCUCAAGCACGUCAAGCUUCUUGUCGACGCCAUGGCCUCGCCCCAGGCCGUGCCCGGCACCAUCAAGGGCCUGUCUUCGACGACCUUUGUCGCCGAGGUUACCGGCCCCACCCUUGCCGUUCUCGUGCCCCUCCUUACCCGUGCCCUCAAGGAGCGCUCGACCGACACGCAGCGCAUGACCUGCAUUGUCAUUGGAAACCUGGUCAAGCUCGUCCGUGACCCCACGGUCGCCGCCCGCUACCUCGGCACCCUCGUCACUGGUGUGGAGCAGAUUGCCACUGGCGCCGCCUUCCCCGAGAUCCGUGCCUUUGCCCAGACUGCCCUCGACAUCCUCCACGGCGCUGGUGCCUCGGCCACGGCUACUCCCCUGCCCCCUCGUGACAUUAUCCUCGGUGUCACUGACGCUCUCCACGUUAUUGCCAAGCACGUCGACGUUCCCGGCUUCCCCGAGUUCCCCUCGGUGCCUCUGUCCGUGUCGUUGCCCUCUAACCCUGUUGUUGCCCACGCGAUUGAGCACCAGGCCAACAUCAUUGCCGAUCUCGUUGACGCUCGUCGCUUUACCGCUUCCAUCUGGGAGGGCAAGGCUGUUACUUCCUUCUUCAAGCUUCUUUUGGGCGCCGAGGAGGGCACCAAGGCGGCUUCCGACAUUCGCCAGGCGUUCCUUGCUGCCGACCGCGCCAAGUACGCCACGAACGAGGAGGACGACGGCGAGGGCGGACCUCUUCUCUGCGACAUUCAGUUCUCGCUCGCCUACGGCGGUCUCCUUCUCCUCAACCACACCAACCUCAAGCUCCGCCGCGGACGCCGCUACGGUAUCUGUGCGGCCAAUGGUGCCGGAAAGUCGACUCUGAUGAAGGCUAUCCGUGACGGCAAGGUCGAGGGCUUCCCUUCGCAGGAUGAGCUUCGCUGCCUCAUGGUGGAGCACGCUCUCCAGGGCGAGGACACCUCCAUGGCGAUUGUUGAGUUCCUUCACUCGGACCCCAAGCUCAAGAGCCGCGCUCGCGAGGAGGUCGCCAAGAUGCUCCUUUCGGUCGGCUUCUCUGAGGAGAAGCAGCAGGACCCCGUUGCGUCGCUGUCGGGUGGCUGGAAGAUGAAGCUCGAGCUCGCCCGUGCCAUGCUUAUCGGUGCCGACCUCCUGCUCCUUGAUGAGCCUACCAACCACUUGGAUGUUCAGACUGUCGCCUGGCUCGAGGACUACCUCGUCAACCUCGACGUUACCUGCCUGAUCGUCUCGCACGACUCGGGCUUCCUUGACAACGUCACGACCGACAUUAUCCACUACGAGGAGAAGAAGCUCGUCUACUACCCCGGCAACCUGUCCAAGUUUGUCGAGAUGGUCCCUGCCGCCAAGUCUUACUACACUCUUGCCGCGACCUCGAUCAAGUUCACCUUCCCUCCUCCCGGCUCGCUUGUUGGUGUGCGCUCCAACACGCGUUCCAUCAUGAAGCUCGUCAACUGCACGUUCACCUACCCCGGCGCUUCCAAGCCGUCGCUCAAGAACGUGUCGUGCUCGCUCUCGCUCUCGUCGCGUGUCGGUAUCCUCGGCCCCAACGGUGCCGGCAAGUCGACCCUCAUCAAGCUGCUCACUGGCGAGACUGUUCCUCAGGAUGGUACCGUGUACAAGCACCCCGCGCUUCGUGUCGGUUACGUCGCUCAGCACGCCUUCCACCACAUCAACCUCCACCUCGAGAAGACUGCUGUCCAGUACAUCCAGUGGCGUUACCAGGACGGUCACGACCGUGAGAUGAUGGAGAAGGCUACCCGUGUCUUCACCGAGGAGGACUUGGCCAUGAUGGACAAGCCUAUCGCUGGCAAGAACGGCGAGCUUCGCAAGAUUGACUACAUCCUUGGUCGCCAGAAGCUCAAGAAGUCGUUCCAGUACGAGGUCAAGUUCAAGGGCUUUGACCACAAAUUCAACGCCUGGAUUCCUCGCGAUGUUCUUAUCGAGAAGGGCUUCCAGAAGCUCGUUGGCCAGUUUGACGACAUGGAGUCGUCUCGUGAGGGUGCCGGUAUGCGCGACACCUCGGCCAAGGCUGUCCGUGAGGUGCUCGAGGCCGUUGGUCUCGACGGCGACAUUGCCCAGUACAACGAGAUGUCUGGUCUCUCGGGUGGUCAGAAGGUCAAGGUGGUUAUUGCCGCCUCGAUGUUCAACCGUCCUCAGUGUCUCUUCCUCGACGAGCCUACCAACUUCUUGGACCGUGAGGCCCUCGGCGGUCUUUCUGUCGCCAUCAAGGAGUGGGGAGGUGCCGUUGUCAUCAUCUCGCACUCGCACGAGUUCGUCAACGCUCUGUGCCCCGAGAUCUGGAACGUCGACGCUGGUGAGCUCACCUCGAUCGGCAAGCGUGUCGUCGACGACGACCUGUUUGACGACCCGUCGCGUCCCGGUUCGCGCACGACCUCUACGCGCGGCACUCCCCGCACUGGCGCCGCCACCCCCAUCUCGGCCCUCGCCUCGGGCGUCAACAGCGCCCUCACGUCGGCCGCGCCCUCGACUGUCGGCUCGACCGUUACGUCGGCUGUCAACUCUGCCGACGAGGCCGAGGACAUUGCCAAGCUCGCCAAGCUCGCCCUCAAGCCCAAGAAGAAGAAGAAGCCUACCCGUAACGACCUGAAGGCGCAGGAGGAGCGCCGUAGGAUCCGCAAGCUCAACUGGCUUACCUACGGUGGCGAGCGCGAGCCUGACACUGAGGAGGAUUAG